AUGCGAUUUGUUCCGCUUGCUCUCACCGCCCUGGCCGGGCUCGGCGCCGCGCUGCCGCAAGAGACCACCAACAAACAGUACAAGCGCACCGAGGGCGACGUCGAGUACAGCGUGUUUGAGCACGCCGCCACGGGCACCAGCCUCAAGUACGUGUCUAACUCGGGCAUCUGCGAGACAACGCCCGGGGUGAACCAGUACUCUGGCUACCAGACGGUCGGCGACAACCAGAACAUGUGGUGGUGGUUCUUCGAGGCCCGCAGCAACGCCAAGACGGCGCCGCUGGCCCUCUGGCUCAACGGCGGCCCCGGCUGCAGCUCCAUGCUCGGCCUGUUCCAGGAGAACGGGCCCUGCACGUUCAACGACGGCGGCUCGCAGCCCAAGCUGAACCCGUACUCGUGGAACACGUUCGCAAACAUGCUCUACGUCGACCAGCCCAUCGGCGCCGGCUUCAGCUACGGCGACGUCAACGCCGUCGACUCGACGCCGCACGCCGCGCCGGCCGUGUGGGCCAUGCUGCAGGCCUUUCUCACCCGGUUCCCCGAGUACCGGUCGCGCGACUUUGGGCUCUUCAGCGAGUCCUACGGCGGCCACUACGGGCCCGCGUUUGCCGACUACUUUGAGCAGCAAAACGCCGCCAUCGACGCGGGCACCGUGACGGGCGAAAAGGUGCAUCUCGUGGCCCUCGGCGUCAACAAUGGCUGGAUCGACCCCAAGAACCAGUACAGAGCGUACAUUGACUUUGCCGUCAAGAACCAGUACCGCCCGCUGCUUAGCGCUGACGACGCGCAAAAGUACUAUGAUGACUGGCAGAACAAGUGCGCGCCCGCGUAUGACGGCUGCUCCGACGAUGCCAGCACAAACAAGGCCUGCGCGCGGGCGGGCAAUGAGUGCGGCCUCUACGUCGAGAGCCCGCUGGAAGAGCUCGCCCAGUUUGAUGUCUACGAUAUCCGCGCCGACAGCGACUCCUUCCCGCCGAGCACGUUUGUUAACUACAUUACCAGCGCGUCCGUCAUGAAAGCGAUUGGCGCCACAUCCAACUUUUCCUCCUGCGGGCGGUCUGCGAUUGGCGGCGACGACAGCGCCCGCUCGUUCCUCGCGCCUCUGUCCAGAGUCAUCCAGUCCAACGUCAACGUCCUGGUGUGGGCUGGCGAUGCUGACUGGAUUUGCAACUGGAUGGGCAACUACGACGCCGUGCAGUCGAUUGCGCCGCAGGAGUUUGUCUCGGCCGCGAUCCAGCCCUACACCGUCGGCGGCAAAAAGUACGGCGAGUACAAGACGGCGGGCAACCUCAACUGGCUGCGCGUCUAUGAUGCCGGUCACGAGGUGCCGGCGUACCAGCCCGAGGCGGCCCUGGCUGCCUUUACCUCGAUCAUGUCCAAGCAGAGUCUAAAGGCGACGUAG